CCAACACAGCUAUGGGAUUUUUAGAGAUAAAAUGAGAUAAGUGGAUUGACACUUGACAUACAGGUCAAAAUAUGGACAAAGAUAUCAUUUGGCUAUUAUACAUUUAUUAGAAGAAGGGUAAAAAAGGGUAAAAUGGCAGAUCAAACUAACGUUCAAAUAGAGACACAGGAAAUUCGAAUGAAAAAGAGUAUAAACUUGCUGCACUGUGUUGCAGUCCUGGUUGCUGUGACAGGGCAUAUCUCUAUUUUCAUUUCACCAAGUGUCAUUUUUUCUACAGUCGGAUCGAUCGGAUUAACGAUUAUUGUGUGGGUAUUUGCUGGUUUGUUAAACAUCAGUGUCUGCCUUUGUUUUGUCGAGCUUGCUACUGUUUUUCCGUCUUCUGGUGGUCCCUAUGCUUAUGUCACCAAUGUUUUUGGUGGAAUGUCAGGGUUUAUCAUCAUGUGGGGAUACACAGUAUUGAUAAUCGGACCGUUUUGGGCAUAUUUAUGUUACACAGCUUCUGUGUACAUUCUGAAACCUUUCUUCCCACUUGAUUGUGAGCCUCCUGCUCUUGGUGUAAAAAUUCUUGGUGCUUGGAUACUAACCACUCUUGUAGUUUUAAACUGUAUCUACAUGAAGUAUGUCACCAAAGUGCAGACAUUUCUCACAGCCAGCAAAGUUGUGGGCCUUAUCUUCAUAAUUACCCUAGGAGUAGUGGUUCUUAGCAGAGGACAUGAAACGAAGAGCAACUUUGAAGACGUUUUUGAGAACACCUCUACAGACCCAGGCUCCAUAGCACUGGGCAUAUUUUAUUCUCUGUUUGUGUAUGGGGGUUGGCAAAUCGUCUGUGGUUUGAUGGAAGAAGUUAAAGAACCAUCAAGAGACAUUCCACGUGCUGUGUACAUUUCCUUCACAAUCGUCAUAGUACAAUAUGUUCUCGUAAACAUCUCGUAUUUUCUUGUUCUCACUCCUACACAAUUCGUUUCAUCGAAUGCUGUGGCACUCACCUUUACCCAAGUCCACUUUCCGUUCCUUUCUCCUAUCGUGUCUAUAUUGGUCGGGAUGUCCGCAGUGGGUGUCCUAAAUGCGUCCAUAAUGGGACAUUCUAGAGUCGUUUUCGCUGGUGCUAGAAAUGGCCAUAUGCCAACCAUAUUUGGAAUGCUUCACAUGCAAUAUUUAACUCCAUGGCCAGCUAUAUUUCUUAAGGCAGCAUGGGGUGCUGUGAUGCUCUUCUCAGGUGGUAUUGAAAUAUUUAUGCAAUUUAUCCAGGCUUUUUCCUCUGUGAUGACGUUGUUUGUAGUUUCAGCAUUGCUUUAUCUUCGCUGGAAACAACCAAAACUUCCAAGACCAUACAAGACGUCUUUAGUGAACGCCAUCUUUGUCUUACUGUACCAGUUUUUGGUGCUACUAUUUGCGCUCUAUCAGAAGCCGGAGAGAAUUGGACUGGCCCUAGUUAUAAUAGCAGCAGGGGCUCCCGUGUACUGGUUCGGUGUUUCAUGGAAGUCUAAACCAGAAGCAUACAAACGAAUAAGCAAAAAAGUAACAAUGGCUGUUCAAAAGAGCCUACUAAUAAGCAAAACUUCAUGAAAGCAUCAAGCUGUGAAUUUUUAUAAACUUUACGAUAGUGGCAUGUUACCUUCCCAAAUAGAAUGCCGGUGCCCACUUCUGGUGCUUGAAUGUUAAAGCUAGUCAAGCGUUUGUUGGCAGAGUGUGCAUGAAGUGUUUGAAUAUAAAUUGUAUCAAUUUGUAUUUUAUUGCUUGAACAAUUUCAAAUUAGCUGCGUUCAUUUAAUUUUAUCUUAGGUAUCAAGCUUAUGUAAUAUGCUUUAGCAUACAGACUACCUUGUUUAUUAAUGUAUGAUAAUAACGUUAUUGUUGACAUACUUAAGGGUACUUACCACAAACAAAAAAUGGAUGUGCGGGUUGAUAUAUAUUUUUUGACUGAUUUUGAUUUGUAUUGAUAUAAAUAAUAAAUCCCUGAAAUAUAAAGAAAUCGUAGGUUUUCCUUGGUGCUUAGAUUUGAGAUUUUAUUUUGCACUCUAUAUAAU